AUAUCGCUCUAUUAAAUUGCGACUUCCUCUUUUCAUACUGAAACGGGAACCAAGAGGAAUUCAGAUAAUGCUGGAAGGCCGAUACUGAGAAAGGCGAGGAGCUCGUGGACCGGCUCCGAGUAAAACGAUGUCUGUGUGUGUGUGUGACGAAAAUAAAAACCAAAAUAAACAAAAUCGAAAAAGACGAGUACGCGGAAGAGGGCAGAAGAAGAGGAAGAGAGAGAAAGGGCUCGCAAAAUCGCCAUGGGCCCCGAGGUGGACGACGCGCGCAGGGUAAUAAAUAUCAUGCGAUUAGAUCUCCGAUGCUGCCGCUGUUGGGGUUGGUUACGAACGGAGGGAGCGACUAUUAAUCACUCCAUGUUAAUCAAGCCGGCCGCUAAGUAGGCCGCGCCGCAGCAUUAAAGUGCACUACCACGCAUCGUAUUGGCGUGCCAACGGAACACGCAUACAUAUGCGCGCAAAUCAAGCGCAAGAAUUUCUGAUUGAUCUCAUCUCAAUGAAAUGUAAAAGAACUGAUUAAAGGAGAAAGCUAAACGCAAGGAAAGAGAAACGGAGAGGUCUUUAUGGACUUGUUUGUCCUCUGAGGAUUUUUACGAAUUAUUUGAAAAGUUCCGUCGAGACGCAUCCGAAGGAUCGUUUCGGACAAUCACAUGGUAGUUAGAUCAUGCAAUGUCCUCAUUUGCAAUCACCUCGAGAAGAGUGGCGUACAUCGACACGAUAUAAUGAGGCAGUUAUUACGGCACCAGAAUUCACACCGACUCCAACACGAAGACCUCAACGAGAUAUUCAACGUGCUAUUCCACGAAUGCCUAUGAGAACACGUAGAAUGGAUCUCACAGCUGGAGUGGCUAUUGUUCCACGACGAAUCGAUUUCGACGCGUUAGACGAUGAUUUUAACGGCGAAGAUAUGGGAGACGUGACAAGAAGAAGGGUAGAACGAAGCACGCCACAGCAACCCGAAGUGACUGCUCCUGGAACGUAUAGGCUGAGACGCACAAGAGCGCCACAAUUUCCAAGGGAAAUCAAAAGGCAAUACGCACCAAGAAUGACUAGAAUGACACCUUGCGGGAAAUGUUUAAGAAACUGUCCACUUUAA